UCAGUGACCUUUGAAGAUGUGGCUGUAAACUUCACCCAGGAGGAGUGGGCUUUGCUGGGUCCGUUACAGAAGAAUCUCUAUAGAGAUGUGAUGCUGGAAACUAUUAGAAAUCUAGAUUGUAUAGGAGUGAAAUGGGAAGACCAGAACAUUGACGAUCAGCACAAAAAUCCCAAGAGAAAUCUAAGACGUCUUAUGGAAGGGAGAUCCUGUGACAAUAAACAAGGUAGUCAAUGUGGAGAAAACUUCAGCCAGCUACCUGAUACUAUUUUGAACGAGAAAACUUCUGGAGUAACACCAUGUGAAGGGAGUGUGUGUAGAAAAGACAUCAUGAGUUGUUCAUCUCUUAAUUGCUGCAACAGAAUUAACACUGGACACAGGCCAUGUGAGUAUCAGGAAUAUGGAGAGAAGCCAUCUACACAGAAACAAUGUGGGAAAGUCUUCAGUUACCACUGUUCCUUUCAAACCCGUGAAAGACCCCAUACUGGAAAGAAAUCCUAUGAUUGUAAGAAAUGUGGAAAAACCUUCUUUUCUCUUGGAAAUCUUCGAAGACACAUGGCAGAACACCAUGGAGAUGGGCCUUAUAAAUGUGAGUUCUGUGGGAAAGCCUUUGUUUGGCCCAGUUUAUUUCAAAUGCAUGAAAGAACUCACACUGGAGAGAAUCUGUAUGAAUGUAAACAGUGUUUUAAAGCCUUUCCUUUUUACAGUUCCUAUCUAAGACAUGAAAGAACACACACUGGAGAGAAAGCAUAUGAAUGUAAACAGUGUUCUAAAGCCUUCCCUGAUUACAGUUCCUAUCUAAGACAUGAAAGAACACACACUGGAGAGAAACCCUAUCAGUGUAAACAAUGUGGGAAAGCCUUCAGUUGUUCUUAUUAUACUCGAAUACAUGAAAGGACUCACACUGGAGAAAGACCCUAUGAAUGUAAGCAAUGUGGGAAAGCAUUUUAUCAUCCCAGAAGUUUUAAAAAGCACAUGAUAAUGCAUACUGGAGAUGGUCCUCAUAAAUGUAAAGUAUGUGGGAAAGGCUUUGAUUUUCCCAGCUCCGUUCGAAGUCAUGAGAAAACUCACACUGGAGAGAAACCCUAUGAGUGUAAGCUAUGUGGCAAAGCAUUAUCUCAUGGCUCAAGCUUUCGAAGACACAUGAUAACACAUACUGGAGAUGGACCUCAGAAGUGCAAGGUAUGUGGGAAGGUCUUUGUUUGGCCCAGUUUAUUUCAAAGACAUGAAAGGACGCACACUGGUGAGAAACCCUAUGAAUGUAAACAGUGUGGUAAAGCCUUCAGUAUUCCUGCUUCCCUGCGAAGACAUGAAACAACUCACACUGGAGACAAACCCUAUAAAUGUGAAUGUGGGAAGUCCUUUAUUGAUAUCUAUUCUUUUAGAAAUCAUGAAAGAACUCACACUGGAGAGAAGCCCUAUCAAUGUAAGGAGUGUGGGAAAGCGUUCUGUUCUUUCUCCACCUUCCGUCACCAUGAAAGGAGUCACACGGCAGGAAAUCCUUAUGAGUGUAAAACAUGUGGGAAAGCGUUCAGUCGCCACAGUUACUUAAAAAUACAUGAAAGGAAUCACACUGGAGAGAAGCCGUACGAAUGUAAGGUGUGUAGCAAAGCAUUCUUUUGGCCCUGUUUCCUUCUAAGACAUGAAAGGACUCAUACUGGAGAGAAACCCUAUGAGUGUAAACAGUGUGGGAAAGCCUUCAGUCGUUCCACUUUCCUUCGAGUACACGAAAGAACUCACACUGGAGAGAAGCCGUAUGAAUGUAAGGAAUGUGGGAAAGCCUUCAGUUUACUCAGUUCCUUUCAUAGACAUAAAAGGAUUCACUGGAGAGAUACUGUAUAA